ACACAUUUGUUAUAUGUUGCACUAGUUGAACAUGCUGGAUUGCAUUUAUGGGGACAGUAAGUUCAGACAAGCAAAUAAGUUGUUUGCCUUUGGAACCCUUCCCUUCAAGGCUAAUGGAACUGGACCUCGACAGAAGAACGAUUUUGACUGCGGUGUUUAUGUCAUUAGGAAUAUGCAAAAAUAUGGUACCGAUUGGGCUGCUAAGUACAAUUCAGAGAUUGAACACGCAAGUUUGGUGGUGGAGUGUCUGAGGCAUCCUAAGAAUGAGGUGGUGGAGUUGCAUCACCCCGAAACCCUCCCACCUUCCUCCACCCCCACCUGCUGCAAAUGCGGCGGCCCCACCGCCAUGGCCGCCCCUCCUCCGUCGUGCUCCCCUCCCCUAAUCUACCGCCCCAUCCGAGCCCCCGCCAUCACCUUCCCCACUAACAACAACUCCCAACAAGUCAUCAUUCUCGCCCCGGUUCCACAAGCCAAGCCGGUCCCACCCAUCUCUCCCCCCUCCAAAAUAAUCCAAUCCCCCGACCACCUCCGCCGCUUCCACGACUCCGAUUCCGGCAAGCACUUCCUUGGCUUCGGCCUCUCCGAAUCCAUCCGCUCCAAGAAGAUCUCCGAUCCCUGCCACGGGUCCCCUGUCACCGCCUCCAUCGUCUCCAUCCUCGAAACCCUAAUCCAAUUCAUGGUCGACCAAAUCCCACCGACUCAGCAAGCCGCCCGAUACGGCAACGUUUCGUACCGCGUCUGGCACGAGCGCCUGGUCCAAAAUAGCCCUGACCUAAUGCUCAAAUUCCUCCCACUCCAUCUCGAACCUUCCACCGUCGAGAUCGUCCCCUAUUUCACCGACUCCUUCGGAAACCCUAGCCGGAUCGACUACGGCACCGGCCACGAGACCAAUUUCGCGGCGUGGCUCUACUGCCUGGCCAGAAUGGAUCUCAUAAAACAAGAGGACUACCCUGCCGUGGUGGCCAGAGUGUUCGUCAAGUACCUGGAGCUGAUGAGGAAGCUUCAGCUGGUCUAUUGCUUAGAGCCGGCGGGGUCUCACGGCGUGAAGAAGGUGAAGAAGGGGCCGUUUUCGGAGCACUUGCCGCUGUUGGAUGAUAUCAGUGGAGUGCCGAAUUGGAAUAAAGUUAACAGUGGGAUGCUCAAGAUGUAUAAGGCUGAGGUGUUGGAGAAGGUGCCUAUUAUGCAACAUUUCCUAUUCGGCUGGCUCAUCAAAUGGUAUGAUCCUUUUUACUUAUCUACAUUGCUCUAUCUAAACAAUUAA